AUGCCUCCUUUAAAACUAUCAAGCGUCACCUUUGUUCUGUUUUUGAUUCCCUUCACUAUUGGCGCUGGGGAUACCGACUUGAUUGGAUGCAAUUCCGUUGGCUGUCCUACAAUCGAUGGCUACGACCGCUGUACAGUUGAGGAUGCCACCCAUAUUGGCGUGGGACUUUCCCGAAUCCAGAAUGCCCCCUCAGCGUUGGAAGGAUUUUCCCUCGUGAAGGGAGUCAAUGUUUCGAACAAGGCCAAUGAAGAUCCCGGUCUUCCGUUCAACUCGCUAUAUUACCUAUCUGUUCCAGAAACCGCAGACACUGGAAAGCUUCGCGGAUGUACUGUUGUCUUCAAUGACCCCCCUUUCAAAAAGUUCAAAUACCCCAUGAAGGAAGGAAAAAUUGCCGGCACUUCGGUUAUUGUCAAUAUGACGGAUAGUCGUGCUGCUGCUGGGAUGUGCUCGGAUGUCAUUGAACAGAGCUGCAUUGAUAAAAUUCUGCAAAACGCCAGCGACGUGGCAGAGGAGGGCAGUGGAAACACAUGCGAGAAACUUGAGCGGGAGAUGAAGAAGAAUUUUGACGGAUGCACUAGUUUUGGCGGCCCGGGAACAUCUCUCGGGAAUUUUACUGUCAAGUCCCUCGAUGCCCUCUCGACAGUGAAAAAUUCAUCAGACUGCUGGCCUACAAAGCAGAAAUCGGACCAGUUAUUGGAGAUUGCACGGGCUACGUCUUAUGGUAAUGAAACGGACACUUAUGAGGAAUAUACGAAUGAGGCAUAUAAGAUCACACCAGUGUUGACUCUAUUUGUUGGUGGAAACGGCAGCCUCAUUGACCAUACUUCUUCUCAGAUGACUUGCUUGAAGGUUAUUACUAUGCAGAAGUAUGACGUGGAGCCGGGGCACCCGGAGAACAGAGCGAUAACUUUGCGAGGCAGCUGGGUGAGCUUGGUGAUUGUGGGUCUGACAGCAAUCUUUAUGGCUCUAUGA